UUUGUACGUGCUGAGAACUCCUUCAAAUCAACCUCACGACCCUCUUACGUUUCAGAAUAAGUAGAGCAUAACAAAUGCAUGUGGCUUGAGGCUUUUUGACUUAUUAAUCUGAAGAAGAAGGUGCUUAGCACAGUGUUCCAUUUCCAUAUAGACGCUAUUGUUUGCCUACCUUAAGCCUUCCAACAGAAGAAGACUGAGUAAAAGUGUAGCAGUAUUUUAUUUUUUUUGCUCUUCCUAGUCUUGUACUCACCUGAAACCACCUAUGCACUUUACCUUCCUAUGAAUAUGGAUUGUUCAAGCUUGAACAAUCAUAAAAGUAAAUGCAAAUAAACUGCUUUCAGAUGAUGACUUCCUUAUGAAUUCUAAUAUUUGCUACCGUUCACGCCUGUACUUCACAGCACUCUCUGACUUAGUAUCUUAGCUCAUAUACUUGUAAUGUGUAGGCUGGUCAAUUUAUAAUUAUAAAUGGUACAGAAAUCUUUAAGUUGUUCCCUGCGUACCGUAUUAGUUCCUAGAUAAGCUGUUUGUAUUCAUUAAAGUUGUUGCCAAGUUGUUUGGUUUUACAUCCUAGAGUAUUUGAAACCGAGCCAUAGGAUUUGUACUUGCCAAUUCUAAAUUUAAAUGUAAUUUAUCAUGUGUGUCACUCCAAGAGGAACGCACCUGCAGGCAUCCAUUUGUGCAAUGCACCUGGGAGCUUUGCUGCUGAGUAAGCUGUACAUGUGUGAAUUUUGUGGCAAUGGAAAAAGGAAUAAAGGGACUUGGAAUAUAAAGGAUCGAAGUCAGUCAUGUGGGAUAUCUGCAUGGUUUUGUCACCUUUCUGCUUUGGAAGCUUUGCAAAGGCUAGUGGGAUUUCUUUGUUUGUUUCAGUUAGUUUAUUGGAUUCCUGCAUUUUUAUUCCAUCAGGAAGAGGGCGAGGGUAUAACUUGACUUUUUUAGCAGUUAUACUGAAAACAAAUGUCUGCCUGUUUUGUUCAUCUGUGCCACCUUUAAGCAGUUAAGCAGCUUGCUGUGUUUAGCUGCAGUGCUGGAUCCACUACGCCUACCUGAUAGCGACUGAACUUUCCCAUUUGCAUCCUCAGUUUGUACCAACAACGAGAGAUGUAACUGCAGGGAAAGUCUCACGCAGUCCUAGGUUCUGAGCUCUGCAGGCGAAGCAGCAAAUUCAGAAGUCUGUGCAAAGACCUUCAGAGGACAAUGCUUUAGGUGCAAAAAUCCAGCAGGAGCUGAAGGAAAUCGGAGGGCUGGAGAACCUGGUGCUCUCCCCAGACAAAUGGCCAGUAAGCGACAACACGCUCAUGCACAUGGCUACAGCAGAGGCUGUCAUUACAGAUUACUGGUGUUUGGAGGACCUGUACCGCGAGCUGGUGAAGCGCUACGUGGAUGCUGUGGACAAGCUCUCGGGAAGGCGGCCAGACCCCGCAACCAUCGAGGGCUGCCGGGAGCUAAAGCCCGAUAACUACCUCCUGGCGUGGCACACUCCGUUCAAUGAAAAGGGUUCUGGUUUUGGAGCAUCUACAAAAGCAAUGUGCUUAGGGAUGCGUUACUGGAAGCCAGAGAGGCUGGAGUCACUCAUUGAAGUGAGCAUUGAGUGCGGACGAAUGACUCACAACCACCCUACAGGCUUUCUAGGCUCCCUAUGCACGGCUCUCUUUGUGGCGUAUGCAAUUCAAGGGAAGCCCCUGGUGCAGUGGGGAAGAGAAAUGAUGAAGGUUGUGCCGAUGGCAGAGGAAUACUGCAAGAAGACCAUUCGUCACAUGGCAGAAUAUCAGGAGCACUGGUUUUACUUCGAAGCCAAGUGGCAGUUUUACUUGGAGGAGAGAGAAAUCAAUGAGGAGAACCAGAACAAAGCCGUCUUUCCGGACAACUAUGACGCAGAGGAGAGAGAAAAGACGUACCGCAGAUGGAGUUCCGAAGGUCGAGGCGGGAGACGGGGCCACGAUGCCCCAAUGAUCGCCUACGAUGCCCUGCUGGGGUGCGGCGGGGACUGGACAGAACUCUGCAACCGCUCCAUGUUCCACGGAGGAGAAAGUGCAGCGACGGGAUCUAUCGCAGGCUGCCUCUAUGGGCUGGUGUACGGCCUGAGCAAGGUUCCUAAGGGCAUGUACCAGGAUCUUGAGCAAAGAGAGAGGCUAGAGUACUUGGGCGAGAACCUUUACCGACUGUCCAUGGAGGAAAAGUAAAACUGUUUCUGCCAUUUUCUCUUUCUAUAAAGACUAUUUCAAACCCUGUAGAUAACUGUCCAACUUUAACAAUGAAGGAAUUAGCUGAGAGUUAGUCUGAAAGGAUGUAUGUAGACUGUGUGCAAGUGAAGAUAGCUGAGUAACUGAAGAACAACUAGGUAUUUACAGUGUUCGUGGUUUUUUUUUUACAGAUGUAGGGAUUUUUGAAUAUAAAUUUUGCUGCCUAAACCCGUGAGAUAAUCUCAAAUGGAAAAAAAUAAAUAAAAACUUUUGACUGAUUUUAGUCUAACUUGCUAUAAUACCACUUUCUAAACAGCUGUGAGCAGUAAUUACACAUACGAAAUUAAUUUUCAGAACUAAUGCUUUCUUGCAAAACUAAUGGUAGUGCCCACUUAUGGGGAUAUUCUCUGUAUAUUUGACAAUCCUUUCACCACUGCUGUUUCACCAUGUUCUCAAAUCUAAUGUGUCUGUGACCCUUGUAAAUCUACUAUCUCAAGGAUUAUCCUUUAAUGAACCGCUGAUCCUCACAUCAGCACAGUGGUGCAAGGUAUUGUUACAUUACAGGCUUCCAGAAAAGGAAAAGCCAACACUAAAAAUACCCUCAGGGAUAUGCAAAUCAUCUGCGUCCAAAAUAUCUGAAUUGUACCUUUGUCAUUCUUCAAUCUUCAGAACAAACUUUUAGAACAAUACAACUGGCUGAAAUAUUUGUAAAUAAAUUAAUCUUACACUA